CUCGAAAUCAUUUGAAAUCUUUGCAAGCCAAAAUUUUCUCUUGCUGGGAAAAAAAAGAGUGGAAUAACUUGCAGUGAUCAGUCCUGCAGCACCAGAACUGGUCCUGUGAAGGAAAAGGCAUCUGGAGACCCAGAAGAGUCCUUGGAGCCAUUUGGAGUUGCUCUGCAGGAGAGAGAAAGGAUGGAGACACAACCUUUGGGAAAGGAGGGAGCCGGGAAAGGCCCUUCAGCUGCUCAGCCUGGGAAGCUCUGGACAAGGACUGGGCAGAAGAUCCUGGAGGAGGAAACCAUCCUCCCUUCAGAAGUUCAGCCCUGGAAGUUCAUCCAAUAUCGGGAGGCUGAGGGUCCCCGAAGAUUUUGCAGCCACCUCCGUGACUUUUGCAGGCGAUGGCUGAGAUCAGAAAAGUAUAGCAAAGAGCAGAUGCUGGACCUGGUGGUUCUGGAGCAGUUCCUGGCUCUUCUGCCCCCAGAGAUGGAGAGCUGGGUGCGGGAGUAUGGAGCAGAGACCACCUCCCAGGCGGUGGCCCUGGUGGAAGGCUUCCUCUUGAGCCAGGCUGACAAGCAAAAGGAGCAGGUGGAGUUGCAGUGCUGCAGUGUGGAGAUCAGAGAUCCUGAGGGAAAGAAGAACCCAUCAAAUCCACCUCAGGAGCUAUUUUUCAGGAGGAUCCCUUCGGAAAAUCAAAGUCAGAACACCUCAGGAGAGAAACAAAGAAUGAAGUUUUCUGGUUUUUAUGACGGAGAUCAAACAGUGGUUGAACCUUCAAAUCAAGAGAGUCUUGUGUCCUUCGAGGAGGUGGCUGUGUAUUUCUCUGAGGAGGAAUGGUCUCAGCUGGAUCCUGACCAGAAAGCGCUGCAUUCGGAAGUCAUGCUUGAAAACCAUCGGAACGUGGUCUCUCUGGGUAAUAAUGGGCAGGAGAAGCAAGACUCCCAUGAACUGCUCCAAGUGAUCAACGCUAAAGAUGGAAGGGAGAAAUUUGGGAUUCGAAUGGAAUUUGAAAGGCAUGAGAAAAAACCAUCAAAGAAUUCGAAUCAGGAAAGCUCAUCUUCCACUGAUGUUCUGAUGCAAGACUUUCUUGCCCAACAAGAAAAAAUAAGGGAAAAAUAUACUGGAAAAAGUGUGAAGCUAAUCAAAGCUAAAUUAAAUUUAAAUGAAAACUAUUUAACCCAAAACAACGGGGAAGAUGCUAUAAAAAGACACAAUGGACAAAAUUACAAUGGAACAUUUGUUCUUUCUCUUGAAAAUAACUUCCUUACAUCUCGAAAAGUGAUCCAUACAGGGGAGAAGCCAUUUAAAUGCAUAGAAUGUGGAAAUACCUUCACUCGAAGAGAUAAUCUUAUUUCCCAUAAGAGGAUCCACACGGGGGAGAAGCCAUUUAAAUGCACGCAGUGUGGGAAAACCUUUAUGUAUGGCAGUCGACUUAGUGUCCACAAUAAGAUCCACACAGGAGAGAAACCAUAUAAAUGCACGGUGUGUGGGAAAACCUUUACUUAUAGGAGUGGACUCAUUAACCACAAAAAGAUCCACACAGGAGAAAAGACAUAUAGAUGCAUGGAGUGUGGGAAAACUUUUACUCAAAGCAGUGGACUCAUUAACCACAAAAAGAUCCACACGGGAGAGAAGCCGUAUAAAUGCAUGGAGUGUGGAAAGACGUUUACUCAAAGAGGUCAUCUUAUUUCCCAUAAGACGAUCCACACAGAGGAGAAGCCGUAUAAAUGCACACAGUGUGGGAAAACCUUUACUCGGAGCAGUGGACUUACUAUGCACAAAAAGAUCCACACAGGGGAGAAGCCAUAUAAAUGCAUGGAGUGUGGAAAGACCUUUGCUCAAAGAGGUAACCUUAUUUCCCAUAAGAUGCUCCACACAGGCGAGAAGCCGUAUAAAUGCAUGGAGUGUGGAAAGACUUUUGCUUGGAGCUAUGCUCUUACUUCCCAUAAGAAAAUCCACACGGGAGAAGCCGUAUAAAUGCAUAGAAUGUGGAAAGAGUUUUGCUCAGAAUGUAUCUCUUAUGUCAGCAUCUAUGAUGCUUGCUUCCUAUCGGCUGCCAUAGUAACGGAGGUGGAGGGGGAAGGUUGACAUUUGGGUGGGGGAUGUGAGCUGGAGAGAGAUUGUCCUAUGUGAAGAAAUAGGGAGGACUGCUGCUAUGUUCUACUGCACAGCUGUAUGGACUUGUUUUGUUGUUGUUAGUUGCGAAGUCGUGUCCGACCCAUCGCGACCCCAUGGACAACAUUCCUCCAGGCCUUCCUGUCCUCUACCAUCCUCUGGAGUCCUUUCAAGCUCAUGCCUACUGCUUCAGUGACUCCAUCCAGCCACCUCGUUCUCUGUCGUCCCUUUCUUCUUUUGCCCUCAAUCUUUCCCAGCAUUAGGCUCUUCUCCAGUGAGUCCUUCUUUCUCAUUAGGUGGCCAAAAUAUUUCAGUUUCAUCUUCAGGAUCUGGCCUUCUUAAGAGCAGUCAGGGUUGAUCUCCUCUAGAACUGACUUGUUUGUUCGCUUUGCAGUCCAAGGGACUCGCAGGAGACUUCUCCAGCACCAGAGUUCAAAGGCCUCAAUUCUUUGGCGCUCAGCCUUUCUUAUGGUCCAACCUUCACAGCCAUACAUUGCAACUGGGAAAACCAUAGCUUUGACUAUACGCACUUUUGUUGGCAGGGUGAUGUCUCUGCUUUUUAGUACACUGUCUAGAUUUCCCAUAGCUUUCCUCCCCAGGAGCAAGCGUCUUUUAAUUUCUUGGCUGCAGUCCCCAUCUGUGGUGAUCUUGGAGCCCAGGAAAAUAAAAUCCGUCACUACCUCCAUUUCUUCACCAUCUAUCUGCCAGGAAUUGAAAGGGACGGAUGCCAUGAUUUUAGUUUUCUUAAUGUUAAUGGACUUGUUUAGGCCCAGUCAAGGUCAACCGUCCCGGAAUACCAGAUGGACAAAAACACCUGAAGAUGUUGCCCACAUGACACCAAUUGGGAUGGGAAUUGGACAUUAACCUUGGGUCUUUGGGGGAGGAAUUUGGGGAUACUUUCAGUAUGUGGCUUUCGCGCCUUUUGCUUCAGAUCGUGCUUUUCCUUCAUUGCUAUCAGUUCAAAUUCAGUAAAAGUAUCUUUCUCUAUAAACAUGGGAGUUGGGGUUUUCCUUCCUUGAGUUUUGAACGGAGGCACGCCUGACAUCUUGCUUCUCAUAAAUGGACCCGUGGUCGUGAGAAACUAUAUAGCAAUAGUGAAGGGUUUAUGAAGGAUUAACAUUUUGUUGUUCAUCAUGUAUACUACAUUUUGGAAUGUGGGUAGCGCUCUUAUCUUGGAUGGCAAACCUCAGUUAAGCAGCGUUCCCAGCAUAUACAAGAAUACAGGAUGAAACAAAGUUGUAACCCUGAAACAUUGUUGCAUUUGCUUUCUAGCAUAAACACAUAUUCACACGAAAAGCCAAUGAUGUAAUUACUAACCAAUUAUUGUGCCUUGGAGAUUCAUUAACCAAUAAUGAAGUAACACGUAUGUUAGGUGAGAAAUGAGAAACUAUAUAAACUUUGUGUGAUGUUCAAUAAAGUGCUGUUGAUUCUGGACAUUGUUUGCUGUU